AUGAGUUUCCGACAUAACGACCAUGAACAUGCCAUUUCCACUCUUCACACCCUUUUUAUUAUUGUCUACUUGCAGGAACUAGCAUGGAUUUCUGCACCAUUGCUCAUCUCUGCCAACGUCUUCCUCCACGCUUGUAUUCGUCAAUUUUCUACUGAAUCACUCGUCUUCUCGGGUGUCAUUUUUGCAUUUUUCCUUCUCACCGGUGUCGGGCUCACAGUUUCAUUGUACUUGGCGCAUACUGUAGCUCUCAGACACAUCAAACCAAGCUAUUUUGUACCGUAUGCAGCUGUUAAGGCCUUCAGAAUCGCCACACUGGCACUUGUAUCCUUCUGCAUCUUGUUCUCUCCUACACUUAUCAAAACCUAUUUCUAUGCCAGCAUUUAUGGAUUAUUUGAAGCUCUCGCCGGAGCAAUUGCCUUGGAAGUUACUGUACGCUGCAUCCGUGAAACAAAACGAAUCCGAAUGGGUCGCCGCCGUCAAACCCGUGCCGAUGCUCAACUUCAGCCGAAUAUCGUCUCAAAAAGAACACUAACUCCUGAAAAUUGCUGA